AUUUUAUGGGAUUUAUAUGAACACAACUUCUGGUUUGAGUUGGUUGCUCUUGACCAUGUGAUGAUGCCUAGCUUGUGGUCAAAUUUGGAUUCAGAGCAGCUCGAUCACAUCCAGCAGAUUUUCCCUGGUGAUUUGGAACUCACCAUGUGUGCUGAGCCUUUCCCUCAGCAAAAUCAAGGCCUCGGCGCAUCUGACUUUCAAUUGGAACAGGAGUAUGUAGAGAAGCUCUGGGCAUUACUUGCUGUAUGGCCAGGAUGCCCCUCAGACUUGGCAGAGCCAAUUAUGCCAUUAGCAUCAUUGUCACAUGUCUGGGCAAUGGAAAAGAAGUUGGCUAUAUUUUAUGUACAGUUGUUCUUUGAUACUUUUGGUCAUCUGCCCCUUCUUCCCCACCUUAUUCCA